AUGUUGGGCGAGUUGGUGUUGGUGUUACAGGGAGCAUCCCGCGUGGCCCAGGCUGUAGCGAAGUUGGGUUGUGAAGAACUGCGGAUGGCUGCUGCAGCUCUACCUUGGGAGGCGCCGUGAGAUCUAUGCAGGCUACUGCGGAGCGAUGUGUGGGGAGUGCGUUCACAAACAUGCAGGUCCGGCAGACCGAUUCUAGAGUGCGCGCAGCAUCCUCUGAUUUCAAUGCAGAUACCUGGAAUGUGAUGUCAGAGUUUCCUCCAGGAGAAGAGGAGCCGCCCCCCAGGACAAACCCUGGUCAGUGGUCGCAGAAGACAGGCGUAGGAACGUCUGGAAUGAACACAGGACAAGUCAGAAGUUACAGCACCGUCAGAGGCCUCACAUCUGAUGAACUGCAGAGAGCGCGUGAAGCCAAGGCCCAGGAUGGAGACCUUGGGAGACAUAAGAGACAGAAGCUGAGUGAGAGGGCUCGGGAGAGGAAGGUACCUGCAUCUCGUCUCAGCCGCAUGGCAAGCUUUGGGGGCCUAGCUGUCAGCCUUGGAAUUGGUGCUCUGACUGAGGUAGCAAAACAGUCUUUGAAAGGGGAGAAGGCGGCAGGAGGUGAGUGUGAGACACAUUCAAUUAUGACUGAGGGGAAUGCAGAGAAAAUUGUGGACACGCUGUGUAAAGUGCGGGGAGCUGCUCUGAAGAUUGGUCAGAUGCUUAGUAUUCAAGAUAAUAGCUUCAUUAGUCCACAGCUGCAGAAAAUAUUUGAGAGGGUUAGACAGAGUGCCGAUUAUAUGCCAGCCUGGCAGAUGGCGAAAGUCCUAGAGGAAGAACUGGGACCUGGCUGGAGAGACAAACUGGCAUAUUUUGAGGAGCGACCCUUUGCAGCAGCCUCUAUUGGACAAGUGCACCUCGCAAGGCUGUUGGAUGGGAGUGAAGUGGCUAUGAAAAUUCAGUAUCCUGGAAUUGCUCAGAGUAUCAAGAGUGAUGUGGACAAUCUGCUGUCGCUCCUCAAGAUGAGCCUCGUUCUGCCUGACGGUUUGUUUCCUGAGAACAGUGUUCAGGUCCUGCAGAAAGAGCUGUCCUGGGAAUGUGACUACCUGCGGGAAGCUGAGUGCGGCAAAAAGUUCAGGGAGCUCUUGAGCAAUGAUCCCUUCUUUAAAGUUCCUCGGGUCAUAGAUGAGCUUUCCUCUAAGAGGGUGUUGACCGUUGAACUGGUGUCUGGGGUGCCACUGGACCAAUGUGCCGCGAUGGACCAAGAAACUCGUAAUGAGAUUUCAUACAACAUCCUACACCUUUGCCUGCGGGAGUUAUUUCAGUUCCACUUCAUGCAGACUGAUCCAAAUUGGGCAAACUUUUUUUAUGAUGCUGAUAUCAACAAGGUCAUGCUGUUGGACUUUGGAGCCAGUCGAGAAUUUGGGGAGAAAUUCACAGAUGAUUAUAUUGAGGUUGUGAAAGCAGCAGCAGAAGGGGAUCGAGCAAGAGUUCUCCAGAAAUCCAGAGAUCUCAAAUUUCUGACUGGGUAUGAAACAAAGGUAUUUGAAGAAGCACAUGUAGAUGCUGUCAUGAUCCUAGGAGAGGCCUUUGCUUCUAAGGAGCCAUUCAAUUUUGGUUCACAGAACACAACCAGAAGGAUCCACGAUUUGAUUCCUGUGCUGCUGAAGCACCGACUUACCCCUCCACCUGAAGAAAUAUACUCCUUGCACCGAAAAAUGGCAGGUUCAUUUCUGAUCUGUGCCAAGCUUAAGGCCACCAUUCCGUGCAAGGACCUCUUUGAUGAUGUCUACACAGAGUAUUGGUCAAAACGUGAACCUGAGGGGAAGAAGGCGACCUCUGAAUGA